AUGUUUUCCCUUAGUGUCAAGUCAUCAGCCCUUGGUUCUGCUUUCAACCUAAGCUGUUUCAUACAGAACUGUCAAGAAGUCUUACAAAAUAAUAAUGCAUCCCAUGUGAAUCAAGAUUUAAGCAAUGCAGAUGGCAUCAUGAUGAUGGUAGUAAAUGAGAAGAGUGGGUCUGUCUUGUUAAGAAAGACUUUCAAUACGUGGAAUGUUUUCACCUAUGCUCAGGAUCUUGUUUGGUGGCUAAGCCGUGUCCAGGCAGGACGUAUAGUGGUGAUGACUGUGCACCGUGCUGGCACAUAUGGAGUAGAAGCAGCUGUUUCGACCCUACAAAGCCUUGGUUCUUUGCUUAUUUCCUAUGCUCCUCCACGUGCUCUUUGGGUGUGGAUGUUUAUUGCAGGAGGCCGAACCAUAGUUGAAGCUAUUGCCCCUAACUCGAAAUGGCUGCAUAAUUCUUUUGCUGAAUUGUAUGCACAUGCAUAUACAGAACUUUCAAUUCAUAAUGCCUCAUCUGCAGUGAUUUCGAAACAUGACUUGCAUUCCAGUCUCUGUGAACAUGAAGCAGCAAUGGGUUCCUUCUGUGAAAAUCAUAACUACAAAACACCAUCAGCAGUAAAGCCUAUGUCUUCAGGAACUGGAAACAACAUCACGCAUAAAAUUGGUAUAGUUGUUUGUGCAGGAGGAAGAGUACAGUACCUUUCAAAUACAUUAUCAAAAUUGCUUGCUAAUGAUGGGAUAUUUUUGUUUAAUGUGUUGGUGAUAGUUGGUCGAGAUCCUUCCAGUGAUGGUCCUAACACUUCAGUUAUCUCACUGUUAAAGUUGUUACAAAUAAAGUACAAAGUAGUAGACAUACCAAGAGAAGUUCCAUCUAUUAACCAUGGACUCUUUCAAUUCUACCGGGAAGCUUGGUCAACAGGUAUAACUACCUUUCCUAGUUUACAGUACAUUGCUUUCCUUGAUGAAGAUGUGGAGGUCUCACGUGACUGGCUUGAGACGCUAUCGCACUUUGCACCCGCACUGGAUACUGAUCCAUCACUUUGGUGUGUGUCUGGCAGUGCAUCAGGUCACCGAUAUGUAUUUCCAGACCCCACAAUAUUUCUUCGGGGCUUCAGGCAGCCUGGCUGGGGCUACUUAUUCUCAAUGGCAGAGGCAAGGUCAAUGGUAGCAAAAUGGCCAGCCAGCUCUUCUGUUUCACUACUGUAUGACAAUUUUCUAUACAGUGUAAUGAGUCGAGGACGUGAAUGCAUUUUUCCUUCAUUGAGUCGUUCAUACCACUACGGGGUUGGAGUGAACACUGUUCCUGAGAUACACCAACUCUACUUUUUAGACCAACCAUUGUACAGUGGUGAGCGGGUCCAUCUCCCACCGACAGAAGAACUUACUCAGAAAGGGUAUGAAAGUAGAGUAAAGUCUAGUCUUGAGAGUGCUAUCCCAAUCACCAGGAAUCCCUGUGCUCCAGGAUUUCUAAUCCCUCCCAGCGCUCAUGAAUCAAAACACUUUGUAUUCUAUUUUUUCAUGGAGGACCCAAAUGAUUCCCCAGAAUGGCCUACUUUGGCAGAGUGUAUUGGUGCUUGGCCCUAUUCCACUCAGUCCCAUCAUCAUGGCUGUUAUGAAAUCCCACAGCCUUGGGGAGGUUCCAUGUGGUUAGUGGGAGUGCCCUACUCAAGAUACAGAUAUCUGCGUCCACCCAGUGUUCCAAUUUGGAAAAUUAAAUCUCAACAAGAAUUAGAUUCAGCUACAUCAUUUUCCAAUGCCCUUCGUAUUCCUCCAAAAGUAAAUAGAACUUUGGCACUUGCUUCCACUGAUCUGUUUUUAAAGUCUUAGUUCAUUAUACAUAUAUAGCUACACCAUACAGAAAUAUUACUAUGAACUUUGCAUGUGAUGUGAUAAGCAAUGUCUAUAAGUAGACAGGUAU